AUGGACAUGGUGGGCAAGUUCAAGACAGCCCCCGGCGGCUACACUCAUCUCCUCGUCGCCGUUGACAAAUUCACUAAGUGGGGGGAGGCAAAACCCAUCAAGAAGUGCGACGGUAAAAUGGCGACGAAGUUCCUACGGGAGCUGAUAUACCGCUAUGGGUACCCGCAUAGCAUCAUCACCGACAACGGCACAAACUUCGCCAAGGGAGAAAUGGCGGAGUUCUACGAAGAGAACGGGAUCCGACUCGACCUCGCCUUAGUCACGCAUCCCGAGUUGAAUGGCCAAGCAGAGAGAGCCAACCAGAGCAUCCUCCACGGCCUCAAGCCACGAUUGCAAGUGCCCUUGGAUCGAGUCGCCAGAUGCUGGGCGGAAGAGCUGCCGUCUGUCCUCUGGGGCAUACGCACAACACCAAACAGGUCGACAGGCUACACGGCUUUCUUCCUAGUCUACGGGGCGGAAGCUAUCAUGCCCACGGACAUCGCCCACGACUCGCCACGCAUCAUGAACUACUCGGAGGAAGAAAAUGAGCUCGCCCGUCAGGAUGGAGUCGACCUCCUUGACGAGAACCGAGAACUCGCUCUCUCUAGAACAUCCAUAUACCAGCAAGGCCUCCGGCGCUACCACAGUCGCCGUGUUCGCAGUCGCUCCUUCCAGGAAGGCGACCUCGUCCUCAGGUUAAUCCAGGACAAGAAGGGCAUGCAUAAGCUAUCUCCCCCAUAG